AUGUCCACCCCCCUCCUUCCCCUCCCCUCCCUCCCCAGCACAACCCGCCUCUCCCCCACCACCAUCCGCAUCCUCGGCGCCAACCCCUCCAAAUACACCCUCCAAGGCUCAAACACCUACCUCCUCGGCACGGGCCCCUCUCGCCUCCUCCUCGACACGGGGGAAGGGAAAGUCGAGUGGUCCUCCACCCUCUCCCGGGUCUUGAAGGAUGAAAACGCGGAGGUGGGGGUGGUGGUGUUGAGUCAUUGGCAUCAUGACCACGUCGGGGGUGUCUCACAGAUACGGGAUUUGUGCGGGGAGGAGGUGGAGGUUUGGAAGCAUCGCUUACCCAGCGAUGAUAAGGAGAAUAGAUAUCUCGACUUUCCGGACGGACAUGUCUUCGAAGUCGAAGGGGUGAAGUUGCGAGCGCUGCACACCCCCGGCCACACGGCCGAUCACAUGUGUUUCGUGCUCGAAGAGGAGAAAGUCAUGUUCACCAUGGACAACGUUCUGGGUCAUGGGACGGCGGUGUUUGAAGAUCUCGGGGCGUACAUGUCGAGUUUGCAUGUUAUGGAGAAGGCGUGGAGAGAUGGAGGGUUGGGGAGGGCGUUACCCGGGCAUGGAGAGGUGGUGGAGGAUGGAGGGGGGAAGGUGAGGGGGUAUAUUGAGCAUCGACAAGGGCGGGAGAGGGAGGUGAUUGAGGUGCUUGGACGGGAGGUGGAGGGGAAGGAGGGCGGAUGGACGAGUAUGGAGAUUGUCAAGGUGGUUUAUGCAAAGUAUCCGGAGAAUUUGCACGGGCCGGCGGAGGGUGGGGUGAGGCUGGUGUUGAAGAAGUUGGAGGGGGAGGGGAGGGUCGUGCAGGGGGCGGGUGGGAGGUGGAGGGUGAAGGAGGGGAGUAAGGCGGCACUUUGA